CUUCAUUUCAUGCCAUCUUAGCCACACAUCUUUGACUGUCUAUCUCAUAUAAUUAGCUUUCCUCACUCUCUCAGAUUGCAGUGUCAAUACUCUCUGGGGAAGUUAAUCGAGCAGCUGUAAGCUUUAGAAAGACAUGGCAGCAGCCGCCAGUUCCAGCACUGUUGUUAGAGCAACCCCAUUUUUGGGUCAAACCAGGAAUGCUAACCCCCUUAGAGAUGCUGUCUCUAUGGGCACUGGCAAAUUCACCAUGGGUAAUGAACUGUGGUAUGGACCGGACCGUGUCAAGUACUUGGGACCCUUUUCUGCUCAGACGCCGUCCUACUUGACUGGAGAAUUUCCUGGUGAUUAUGGAUGGGACACUGCCGGUUUGUCUGCUGAUCCGGAGGCCUUCGCCAGGAACAGGGCUCUUGAGGUGAUCCAUGGACGAUGGGCGAUGCUCGGGGCUCUGGGAUGCAUCACCCCGGAAGUUCUUGAAAAAUGGGUUAAAGUGGAUUUCAAGGAGCCAGUUUGGUUCAAAGCCGGCGCUCAAAUCUUCUCCGAAGGUGGCCUUGACUAUUUGGGCAACCCCAACCUUGUCCAUGCUCAAAGCAUUCUGGCAGUACUCGGAUUCCAAGUAGUUCUGAUGGGACUCGUCGAAGGAUACCGCAUUAAUGGCAUUCCUGGAGUUGGAGAGGGCAAUGACCUCUACCCUGGGGGACAGUAUUUCGAUCCUCUUGGCCUUGCUGAUGAUCCAGUUACCUUUGCUGAGCUUAAGGUGAAGGAAAUCAAGAAUGGAAGGCUUGCAAUGUUCUCUAUGUUUGGUUUCUUUGUCCAGGCAAUUGUGACCGGCAAAGGCCCUCUUGAGAACCUCUUGGACCACCUUGACAACCCUGUUGCCAACAAUGCCUGGGUCUAUGCUACCAAGUUUGUGCCAGGAUCAUAGAUUCAUCCUCACUUCUUCAAUCCAUUGUCGUGUGAGUGAAGGAGAAUGAACAUAUUGUGUAGAUCAUCAUAGUUUGCCCCGCCUGAGGCUCCAAUUAUGUAUCGUAAACAUUCAACAUAACUCUGAUUUGGUGUGAAUUGUGGUCCUGUUUAAUUUUUUUGCUAAACAAAAUCUAUUCGUCACAUAAA